AUGGCCUCGUUGGACCUGCCCUACCGCUGUCCUCGCUGCGGGGACCACAAGCGCUUCCGGAGCCUGUCGUCGCUGCGCGCCCACCUGGAGUACAACCACACCUACGAGACCCUGUACGUGCUGUCCAAGUCCAACAGCGUGUGCGACGCGGCCGCUCUGCUGCCCCUAGUGGCCGCCGACGGCGCGCUGCUGAACCAGGCCACCGCCGCCGCCGCCGCCUCCCCCUACCGCGAGCUGCCCUGCGCCGACGACCUCGGCCUGACCCCCGCCGCCGCCGCCCGCUACCUGCCCAACGUGGAGUUCCCCCUGGGGGACAUCCUGGUGAAGAAAGCCAUGAGCUCGUCCGACGGGCCGCCCGGCCCCAGCAGCACGGCGGUGGCCGUGGCGGCGGCGAACGUGGCGGCCAGCGCGGUGGAGGCGGCCUACGAGGAGGGCCUGGCGCGGCUGAAGGCGCGGGCGUUCGAGCGGCUGGAGCUGGACGAGCGUCUGGAGAAGCUGUCGGAGGAGGUGGAGCAGAAGAUCGCCGAGCGCGUGGGACGGCUGCAGGCCGAGCUGGAGCGCAAGAGCUCGGAGCUGGAGAGGGCCAAGGUGGAGAGCGAGCGCCUCAGCCAGGAGAAGCAGGACCUGGAGAGCAAGGCCUCCGAGCUCUCCCGCCAGGUGGACGUCUCCGUGGAGAUGCUGGCCAGCCUCAAGCAGGACCUGGUCACCAAGGACCAGGAGCUCACACACAAGCAACAAGAGGUGGUCCAGAUCGACCAGUUCCUCCAGGAGACGGCGGCGCGGGAGGCCAACGCGAAGGUGCGGCUGCAGCAGUUCAUCGAGGAGCUUCUGGACCGCGCUGACCGCGCCGAGAAGCAGCUCCAGAUCAUCAGCAGCUGCGGCACCACGCCCAACGGCAGCCUGGGACGCUGCAGCGCUCAGGGGUCAAAGGGCAACGGCCGACAGAGGAAUUCCAGUAUAUCUGGGACGUCCAGAGGCAUGUACCAGGUGUCAGACCGGCACUCCUCCCCAAGCACAGGGGUCCCAGGCCAUGUCAAAUCGAUGUCGCAGGGUUCGGGCGGCGGCUACGACAGCGACAGCGUGGAGAUGCACCCCAUGGACGAGUGUCUGGAGGCGCAGUACUACCACGUGCAGUGCCGGCUGGGGGAGGGCGGAGGAGGUGGGGGCGGCGGCGGGGGCUACGACCGGGCGGGGGCCUCGCGCAGCUGGGGGCUCCGCAAGCAGGCCAUCCAGAACUGGCAGCGGCGGCCGUACCGCAACAGCACGGAGGGCGAGGAGGGCGACGUGUCCGACGUGGGCUCACGCACCACCGAGUCCGAGGCCGAGCUGUGGGACCAGGACUGCCGCGUCCCCGCAGACCAGCAGCCCAGUCGCUCUGAGGGGGGCUACAAGCCCUGCCGGCACGACAAGAGCCCCUCCAAGUCGAACGAGGUGAUCAGCCCCGAGGUGCUGAAGAUGCGCGCCGCCCUCUUCUGCAUCUUCACCUACCUGGACACCAAGACGCUGCUCCGCGCCGCAGAGGUGUGUCGCGACUGGAAGUUCGUGGCGCGCCACCCGGCCGUCUGGACCCGCGUCCUGCUGGAGAACGCCCGCAUCUCCUCCAAGUUUUUGAGCACGCUGUCGCAGUGGUGCACGCAGACCCACUCCCUCAUCCUGCAGAACCUCAAGCCCAGACAGAGAGGCAAGAAGGAGACCAAGGAGGAGUACCUCAAGAGCACACGGGGCGGUCUGGAGGAGGGCCUGGAGGCGCUGCUGAAGGCGACCGGGGGGAACCUGCUGAUCCUGAAGGUGUCCCACUGCCCCAACCUGCUGACCGACCGCUCCCUCUGGCUGGCCAGCUGCUACUGCCGAGCCCUGCAGGCCGUCACCUACAGGAGUGCCACGGACCCUGUUGGACAGGAGGUCAUUUGGGCUUUGGGAGCAGGCUGCAGAGACAUCAUCUCCCUGCAGGUGGCGCCAUUGCAUCCAUGUCAGCAGCCAGCGCGCUUCAGCAACCGAUGCCUGCAGACGAUCGGGCGCUGCUGGCCCCACCUACGGGCCCUGGGAGUGGGCGGAGCCGGAUGUGGCAUCCAAGGCCUGGCGUCUCUGGCGCGUAACUGCAUGCGGCUGCAGGUGCUGGAGCUGGACCACGUGAGUGAGAUCAACCAGGAGGUGGCGGCGGAGGUGUGCAGGGAGGGCCUCAAGGGGCUGGAGAUGCUGGUGCUCACCUCCACACCCGUCACACCCAAGGCCCUGCUGCACUUCAACAGUGUGUGUCGCAACCUGAAGUCCAUCGUGGUGCAGAUUGGCAUUGAGGAUUACUUCGAGGACCCCAACAGCCCAGAGGCCAGGAAACUCUUCGAUGAGAUGGUCAACAAGCUGCAGGCACUGAAGAAGCGGCCAGGUUUCUCCAAAAUCCUCCACGUGAAGGCUGAUGGUUUGUGCUAACGCUGUGUUGCAUGCUGCGCGCUAGCUGGAGGCUCCACCCCACCUGUCCCUGACUCCAUGCCCUCUGUGCCCAGGGCCACCGUACUGUACUGUACUGUACUGCACUCAGACCAUACUGUACUGUACUGUACUGCACUCAGAGAACAGACCCAGAGGAGAGCCAGCCCACCCACUCCUCCACACGCAUCAUGAAACGGACCUGCACUCACACCCAGCAGAACUUCAACUCUUCAACACAAUCUCUAUUGACUACAGUGGACAAUCUUGGUCUUCUGGACUUGUCAUCAGGCAGACUUUGCCUGAGAUCUUCAUUCUCAGUGUUAGACUAUGAUGACAUAGGACUUCAUAGCACACAUUUGCAACUGGGACAAACAACACAAGGUUACAAAAUUACAAAAUCAAGCCUUUUUUUUAGUGGACUGCGGGUUGCAUCUAAUGUCUUAUGGGCAUCUGUCAGAAAGAGCACAUGUUCAGAUUGCAGACAAAAAGAGGGUGUGAGUUGGUUUGCAUUGGAUGGAGUCAGUAGUGCUCGUCCUGUAGGCCUACUUACAACCUGUGACUUACAACUUCCUCUAUGCUCAUCCUCAGCACUGGCUGUCUGGCUGAAUAAACAAAGACAGUAUGUGAGUAUGGGUCUUGGUGUGUGUGUGUGUGCGCGUGCCUGUGUGUGUGUGUGUGUGUGUGUGUGUGUGUGUGUGUGUGAGUAAGUAUAUGUGUGUGUGCCUCUCAGUGUAUGUAUACUGAAAGGAAGAACCCGAUAACAACAGAAAACACUGGAAUUGAACACACAAUCGUGACUGCACUUACUUGAUCAAGGACCUGACCAUUAGCAGGUAUUGUUGGUACAUGGUGAAAAGAAUAGACCAGAACAAUGACUAAGAAGAAAAGACCAGCUGGAGACCUGCUUGCUUGGACUCUGCAAUAUAUUUGUGGAAUGAGUUUGUUUUGAUUAAGGUUAGGGAGGUCCAUGUUGUAAACUGAGUGCAGGUGCGCCACUUCUCUUCUCCACCUUUCUCUGUCCUCUCCUCUCCUCUCUUCUUUUCUCCUUUCCUCUCCUCUCCGCUCCUCUCUUCUUUUCUCCUCUCUUCUACUCUCCGUCUGCCAUACCAUUCUAGCCAGCAGAACACCGUAUGUCAUGCUUUUAAAGAUGUCUGUAGAGACAUGACUCAGUGGUUCUCCGCAGGUGAAGGUCAUCUCGUCAGGUUAAGGUUCAAAAGGCAUAAUGUCCCUGCAUUUAACAGAUCGCCUUUUCUACUGCGGCUGCUCAAAUGCGUACUGUAGGUCCAUCUCUCAGUGACGUGGUGUCCAUUGUACCAAGCACAGUGGCCAGAGCUCCUGAGCCCAGUGGACUGCAUACUCAGUCAAAGCAAGUCUCGAACCAAUUUAAAAAGAGAGGAUGGCAGAGUUGAGGUGUUUUUUUUUAUUUCCAUGAAAGUCUGUUGGCUUCAGCUUUGGUUCUUUCUUCUGUUGUAAUGCCUUAUUGUUUCCAUGGCAACACGCCUACUCAUUUUUCAGUGCACUAGUGGAUUGUGAGCAAGAUGUGAUCUGAGCCAGAAGCCAGUACCUAGUGCUUUAACGGACAGCACCCUGUCCACAGGACCUCUCUCUGAGGCACAUAGCCAUAUGCAGUAUGUAUAGACGUUGCUUGUAUUUGGGUUGGUCUUUGGAUCUUACAGCGUACAAAUGGACUCAGAAAGAGGCUAGACUUGUGUUUCAGGCAUCAUAGACUUGGACAGAUAUGACCAGCCUCUUUGUCUGCUGUGCUGUAUGUGUGUGUGUGUGUGGUGUUGGUAGACUCCUCAUAUGGAUAGAGGCUUCAGGAGGCUCUCUCAUAGGGACUCCAGAUGUGCGUUCUGGGCUGUGCCACCCAGUGCUGUAGAUGGACAGAUGUGACGUGUGUGUGUGUGCAGUGCACUUGUCUGUGUUGUAGAGUCAUGAGUGCUGCGUUGCCUGGAGUUGCUGUAUAUCCUGCUCACUGGGGGACACGCAGCACUGUUUCACUUCAACUCUGAUGCUCUCUCAAAGACACAAGCUCUUGCUCAUGCAAUAAGACAGCACAGGGAUUUACUCUGGCCAGUGGAUCUCCCAUCAGGCAGUGGUGCUCUCUCUCCUGGGCCAGUCACUGGUCAUCUGAUCCCAUUUCUGACCAGUAAGUGCAGUGCGUCCAGACAGGCCAUCAAGUCCACCUUUUGAUGCGUCUGCUUUAAGUGCUUGAGGCCCAGGAAGACUUCCCAUGAUGCAGCGCUGUACAGUACUUCCUGUCUUAAGAACUCCCCUGCAGGGUCUGCUAACUCUCCGGGGUUCCAUUGGGUGAGGCGCCGCUAAAGAACUCUGGCAGGGUGCAGUAUCUGAGUGAGAGAUUGUAGGCCACGCUAGUCCGCGUAGUCACAACUGACAUCUGGCACUCAUCAGGGCACUAAGACUAACACAGAGAGGUCCAGGACAAGGGCAAACGGAACUACUCAGCAUCCCUCUGUGAACAGGACCCUUCAGACGGUAACGAGGGGUCCAAGCAUAGCGAGCCAGGUUGGAGUACUCCACGAGAUCAUGCUUUGACUUUUGAGUUACUUGUUCAGUUACCACAGACAAUCUGUCCCCUGAAGACGUAAAGAAAUCUGUAAAUAUAUAUAUAUUGUUGAUUAAGGAAAAUACUGUCACGGUCUAUGAGGUCAGCUUGGAGAAGGACAUUGUUUGGUCCUUCUGUAUCCAGCGCUUUGGAAUGGAACUGGAAGGAACCGUAUGGACAUGGCAUAUUCUGAGGAGUAGUGUUGACUCUGCAGUGUGUCGUGUAAUAUAGAUCAUUUAUAUUAUAUGUGGAAACAAAAAGAAUUAUUUAACAAGAGGAUGAAAUUAUUUGAACUAUUUAUUUCUAUAAGAGAGAUGUCUAUGUUGGCAUGUUUGUGUUGAUACAUCAUGUUGCCUUCUUAACUGUUCUGCUGUAGUGGGUAGACAUGUCAAUGUAAAAGCUGAACUGCUUGCUGAGGUUUUUAUGAUAUUUAUUUUUGGUUGAUCAGUUGUUGCACCGCUGUGGAAAAAAAGAUACAGUUGAAAUGUCAA